AUGAGUGGUAACAGGAGUGGAGACACUUUUAACAAAUUGGAAUAUGAGAGUAAGGAAGCAAAAAAGAAGAAAGAUGUACUGAUAUUGAAGAAUGACAAGAAAUUUGCUAACAAGAAGCCAAGAAUAGAUUUAAAGGACUUAAUGAAAGAAGAACAAGAGAGUAUAACAAAAUUUCUUGAAAAAAAAAAGAGAUUGUAUGCUAAAGAACUAAGCAAACUUAUUCAAACUGACAUGAUCCAAUACAAAAUUGACAUAAGUGAUAUUAAACUGAUCAAACAAGAGCCCUAUAGGGCCUAA